ACACGGACACACACAUAUAGCUAGCCAUCUCUCUCUCUUUCUCUCUUUCUCUCUCUUGUUCUCGCCCCCCUAGUGGAACGCACGCGCGCGCGACCGAGUGAGCCAGCUCCUCUUUCUCCCUCUCGCAUACUCUUUGGUUUUAUCCCACCCGUCGUCGGGCAGCAGCAACCACCACCACCACCACCACCCACCAACCAACCCAGCCAGCGGCAGAGAGAUUUUCUCGGCUCCUCUUUAUACAAGACUAUCGCGCAGUGAACUGCCGACUCUUCUCGAGCAUUAACGUAUAGUACUGCAGCAGCAGCGCAACAAGCAGCAUCUUCAAUACAUAUUCGUAUAUAACUUCAACGACGUAUUAUUAUACACAACUCACAAUGGCCAAAUUAGCUAUUUCAAUGGUUUGCCUUCUGGCUAUAUCAACCAUUAACGCAAUGCCUCUUGGCGAUGAUGAAAAGAAGGAACCAUCUGCAGUUGUACCUUUGGAAAAAAUGAUUGAAAAACCUUUGGACAAACCAUCUGAAGAGUCAAAAACUGAAACAAUUUUACCAAAUCAACAGUUACGCGAAGCAGUAGUGGAGGCAACAGCAGAAGAAGAAAAGAAAAUAGACGAGACCCCUUUACUUAAAAAAGUUGAAGAGGAAAAAAAAAUUGAACAGACUCUGAAGGAAGAAAAGAAGGUUGAAAUGGAAACGCAAGUUGAAGAAAAAAAAGUAGAAAAAAUCAACCUCGAAGAGAAAAAACCCGAAGAACUUCUUAAAGUUACACCAUCGGAGAAAAAAGCCGUUACAGCCAUUGAAGAAGUAGCUACUGAGAAAAAAGAAGAAAUUCAAGAGAGGUCUGAAACUCCAGUCGCUGUUGUAAAAGAGCCUGUUGUUCCUGUAGCUGAAGUUCAACCCAUUCCAGCUGUAGCUGCUUCAGAGGCUGCAGUGGAAGUAUCUCAAACUAAAGCAGCCGACGUUCCAAUUGUAUUAGAAAAAAAAUCUGAAGAACACGUAAAAGAAGUCGCAAAAAUCGAAGAAAAGCCUGAACAACGAGUAACUCGUGGUACUGAAGAUGCUGUUCCCCAAGAAAAGAAAGUCGAAGAAAAAAAAGUUGAGGAAAAACUUGUUACCGAGCUGAAGCCUGAAAAAAUUGAACCUGUCGUAGCUGAAGAAAAGCACGCCGUCGAAACCCCUGCCCCAGUUAUUGCCCAUAAAGAAAAUCAUGAGCAAGUAGCACCUGCUGUAGAGGCAGCUAAGGCUGAAAUAACCGAAGAACCAAAGAAACUUGAAGAACCAAUUACAGAACAAAAACCAACAGAACUUUCAAUUGCUGCAGCUGUAGUUGAAUCAGUUAAACCUAUCGAAGAAGCCGUAGCACCACAUAUCAAAGAAACUACCAAACCAGAACAACUUCAUCCAGCAAAGGAAGCUCAAGAAGCCGCUAAAGAGCAACGUUCGGAGGAUACAGUCAGUCCUAUUCAAGAGGUUCAAUCUGUUGUACCAGUAGUAGCUGUGAAAGAAGUGGCUCCUGUUGUUGCUGAGGCUGAACUAACUCCAGUGUCAAUUGAAAAGUCAGCGAAAUCCGCAGAUGAAAUUAAAGCUGAAGAGCUUCCAAAACCUCAAGAAGUUAAGGAAUCCAAGAUUGAAUUGCCUAAAGUGGCUGAACCAGAAACGAUGCUUAUAAAGGAAGAAAAAAUGAAGGUUGAGGAAAAACCAUUAGCUGAUAUGUUGAAAAAAGAAGAAAAGACUGAAGAAAUUAUAAAAGAAAAACAACUAGAAAAAAAGGAGGAAAAGAAAGAUAGUUCAGAAGAAGACAGCAGCAGUGAGGAAAAGACUGCUGAAAUGAAGGAGGAAAAACUGGAGAAGAAAGUGCAAGAGAAGAAAGAUGAAAAGAAAGAAAGCUCCGAAGAAAAAGAUAGUAGUGAAGAAAUCAAACUAGAAGAAAAAAAAAUUCAAGAGAUCAGCAAGCCCGCAGCCGACAUGGCAACGCUGGCACCAGCUACCUCAUCUUAAAUUGGUCAGCACCCUCAAAAAGUUCGAGUGAGAAAAGGACCUCCAGCAGCAGUAGCAGCAACAAUUAACGAAUGCAACGUAUUCUUUACAUAAAUCCGAUAUAAAUGCGCUUUGAGUAUAUGUGACUGAAAGAAAAUGUGUGUUGUCGUAAUAUUGUAAGUGUGAAUGAUAUUAAGUCGAACAAGAGUGCGAAUGAAAAUGUAAAUGACGCGAUUUUGUAGGCGCAACUGCAUUUUAAGCAGAAAACAAAAAUCAUAUGUAAAACGACGAUAACGACAAAUUACAUUGACUAUAACGAAGAAAGAGCAGAGAGCGAGAAAGGGCAUAAAGCAGAAGAAAGAAUAAUUAAGAUACUCAUUAAUUGUACGCAAGGUCUUGUCAUGCUGUAUAUCUAUUAUAGCUUUGUGUGAGAAUUACUGAGAGAUGAGAGGCUUUACGAUGAUUUAACAAGGUUCAAGGUCACUGAAAGUUUUAUCUCGAAAAUAUUCAAUCAGAAACUUCGUAUAUUAGUAUUGCAGCGAUACUAAGUCGAAAAAAUUUUCGAGCGUCAAAUUCGGUUACCUCAAUCUCUUGAUGGUCGUGAUGUCGAUGGUUAAACCUCUCUCUCUCUCGAAAAAGUAAUUAAAAUAAAAAACAAACACAUGUUGCGUUCGUGCGUGCCGGUAGACCCAUAAGAUAUCUUGGUGGUUUUGGACGCCGAUGUAAGGUGAUCGAGGAACUAAUCUAUUUGUAUUUUUGGUAGUUUCUCAUAUUUUAAGAAUUUUCCUACUUUUUUUACAAAUAACUUUAGAAAUAUAUUAUUAGCACCAUGACAACAUCACAACUUCAUAUUAAACGACAAGAACAAUUGUAAAACCACCACCUUGUAAUUUUCUUUCCUCCCCUUCAUGCUCAUUGUUUAAUCAUCUUGCCACUUACUGAGUAGAAACACAUUUUUAUUUAUUACUGAUUUUAUUGCAUUAUUAUCUCGUAUCGUUAUUUUAAAUACCGCUCUUCCACAAUUAAUUAUGUAUAAUUAUCAUCAUCGUUAAAAUAAUAAUUAAUACAAACAUCAUAAAUAUUGUUUUUAAUUUGAAUAUUCAGAAGUACCUUUAUACAAAAAAUUUUGGAUGAAAAACAGGAAAUGUGAUGAAUGAGUUCAGCAAACUCAUGGAAAAAAAUUUUUAUCUAUGAAAAUUUGGCACUCAUAUAUUCUGUCUGAUAAUUUAUAAAUAAAAUAUUUGAAAAAAUCUAGAAGUGCAGGAUUAACUUCACUUUUUUAGAUUAUGUGAUUAAAAAAGCACCGUGAUAAUUAAUGAAGAAGUAUUGUAGGGAGUUUACAACUGUAACUCCUUGUAUCAAUUAUACAAAAAUAAAUUGGAUUAAUAAAAAUACAUUGUUCGUAAGUAUGUAAUAUGUAUUCGUAGACAACUAUUUACAUGUCAAUUUAAAAAACAAAAACAAUUAAUAAAUAAUUAAGUAAAACUCAACACAGUAGUAAAAAAAAUUGAAGAGUUGUUACAGAUUUAAAUUAUUAAGUUAAAAACUAUUAUAAAGGAUGAGAUAGUAAAUUCAAGAUGAAGUUGUUAAUAUUCUAAGUUAUUUAAAACAGAGUUCAACUUUAACUUCUAGAGGGCCGGGAUUUCAGAGGUCAUAUCAUCUAUAGAAAAUAAGGCAUAAAAAAUAUCUUAAAUCAUUGAUCGAUCAUAGGAAAAGCGUUGAUCAGGGAGCGCGCGAAUAUAUUAGCUUCCUGGCUCUCUAAAGGUUAAUUAUUUGAGAAUUUAUAAUUUUUUAUUUCAAUUGGUUUUCUUAAAUAGUAAUGAAGUUUAUAUCGGUCUGUUGAAGUAUUUAAUAUUAAAUUUAAUAAUGUAAAUCAUUUUUGAAUUCACUGUAAUAAAAGACUUAAAUUCAAGUA